AUGCUUAUACAAAUGUUAAAAUCAAUGAACAGUUAUCGAGGUGCUAUGGGUUCUUUUGCAAAUGAACAGUCCAUUAAGGACUUACUUGCAAAGAAUGAUUGUUUCAUACCAAAAAGUUUAAGAAGAAUAGAUUGGCAUGAUCACGAUCUGAUAAAAAAAGAACGAAAGCGAAAAGGUUUUGGAGAACGGGGCCAACCAGCUAAAUUGACUAAUUUGGACGAUAUUUUUGAAGCGGCUGGCAGGUUUCAAAUAUACGGUCUAAAUGCUAAAGUAAGUGACAAUAUAUCUUUGAGCCGUUCUUUACCAGAUACUCGUAAUGCAGCAUGUAUGAACAAGAUGUAUAUAGAAUCAUUACCAUCUGUGAGUAUAAUUAUCCCUUUUCACAAUGAACAUCAAAGUACCUUGUUGAGAACAAUAUGUUCAGUUACGAACAGAACACCACACAAACUUAUAAAAGAAAUUAUAAUUGUUGAUGAUGCUAAUGACAUUGAUGCUAACACAUUUGAAUAUAAAUCUAACGGCGAAUAUUAUGGUGGUUUCGACUGGCAUUUAAACUUUAAACUAUAUCCUCUAAUAGAGGAAGACAGAUUAAAAUUGCCGGAACCAUAUGCGAAUCCAGUUAUGUCGGGUGGAAUAUUUGCAAUAUCCCGUUUAUUUUUUUGGGAACUAGGAGGAUAUGAUCCAGGGCUGUACGCCUGGGGUGGCGAGCAAUUUGAAUUGAGCUUUAAGAUUUGGCUUUGCGGAGGUCGCAUGUUCACUGCACCAUGUUCUCGCGUAGGACACGUCUAUCGCGAUCCCCCCAGGUAUCUUAAAUAUGGAUAUGGCGAUUUUCUAAGAAGGAAUUAUCGCCGUGUAGCGGACGUAUGGAUGGAUAGUUACGCUGCAAAACUUUAUUCUAGUGAUACAGUUUAUUCAAGAAUAGACCCUGGUGAUAUAUCUCAACAGCAAGCAUUUCGUCAGCGACGGCAUUGUAAGUCUUUUGAUUGGUUUAUAAAUGAAAUCGUUAAUGAUAUGAGAACUCAAAGCGACGCUUACAUAGAUAAAUUUAAUUUAGCUGAAGGGCAAGUGAGACCCCUUUGGAGUCAAAGCUUAUGCGUUCACGCUGACUAUGACACUCGCCAACUAGUAAUGAAAAAAUGCCAAGAAUGGAGAAAAAAUGAGCAGACUUUCUUUUUCACUUAUAGGAGAGAUGUUCAAAAUAAAGACAUGUGUUGGGACUUACGAGAAUCUGCUCCAAUGAGUCCUGUAUUAUUGGACAUAUGCUCUGGUUUGGGAGGAAAUCAGUUAUGGCGAUAUGAUGUGGACUCAUUACAGAUUAUACAAGGUAUUGGCAACUGCUUGGAAUGGGACGAACUUUCACAAAGUUCUCUUCAUAUAAAUCGUUGUGUUAAUUAUAGCAGCGCACAAAAAUGGCAGGUUGAUUAUAACACUUUUCAUUUAAUUUAG